CCGAGCCGCCCCAUCCCCCCGCCCGGCGCGCGGGGGUAACGGCGCGGUGUGGGCGUCGCGUCUCCCCGCGCUCGCGCGCUGGCGGGCCCGAGGCGCCGCCAUGGCGGCGGUGCCGGAGGUGGAGAUCGACGCCGACGGCAUCUUCAAGUACAUCCUGGUGCGCCUGCAGCGCCCGGGCGGCGAGGAGCGGCGGGACAUCGUCCGCGGCACCAAGGCCGCCGAGUUCCACAAUCACAUAUUUGAAAAAGUAAAUCCUGAAAUGGAAAAGCUGGGCUAUGAGUGCAAGUGCCUUGGAGGGGGAAAAAUUGAUCACAAUAGCAAGGACAAGAAAAUUAGGGUGUUUGGACUUUCUACAGGCUAUGGUAAAGCAGAUCACUCGGUGACUGUAGAAAUACUGAAGAAAGUGUAUACAGAUUAUGAAAUAACGUGGUCAGAUGACAAGAAAUAAAUUGACUACUUACGAAAUCUGAACUUUGACAAGCAGUUCAAAACGGGUAACUUUCUGUGAGCUGUACUACUAUAAAUAAAAUGGAAUGCAAGUC